AUGCAAGCCAAUUUUGAUUUAUUGAGAUUUUAAAUGGACGAAUAAAUUUACGAGUACUCUGAUUCCUCAAAUGAUGAGUUAUUUCAAAAUAACAACCAAAAUAUAGAUUCAAUCUUAGAAUAGGAUGAUGGCUUGAUUUUAAAUUAAUUAGAAUCAUCUCCACCUCUAAAGGAGGAUAUUGAUGUAGUUAGAAUCUUAAAUUUUGAAGAAGUUAAAGUUUUCAUAGACGAAUUAAUAUGUCCCAUAUGCUCUUACAUAUUGAUUGAUCCAAAAAUAUGUUUGGAUUGUAGUCAAGGAUUUUGUAAAUAAUGUCUUACAUAAUGGUAUCUAAAUUCUUCAUAGAUUAUGCUUAGGUUCAAUUAAUAUCAUUUGAAGAGCUGCCCUUGCUGUAGAUCUAUUUCAAAUGAACCAGAGGAUGGAGCAAAAGCACCAAAACUAUUGUUUAAAUUGUUGAGCAAAUUGAAAAUAAGUUGUAAAUAUUAAGUAAAAUAUUAUAUCAACCUUAAUAAUAGAAUAACGGUUGUAAAUAGGCCAUUUUGUAUGAUAGCAAAGAAAAGCACUACGAAAAAGAAUGCGAAUAUAAAUCAAUUAUUUGUCAAUAUUGUUUUGGAAUAUAUUUGAAAAUGGAAAGUGGAACUCACGUAACCAAUAUUUUGUAAAAUAAUAGUUUCAACAAUGUGCAUAUAAGCCUAAAGAAUGUAAAUGGUGUUCAAAAACAUAUUCCCAUCACAAGUACUAAAAACAUUAAGAAGAUUGCUCUUUAAGAAAAUUAACCUGUCCAAUAUGUGUAAAGGAAUUUUCAAUUAAGUGGAUGGAGGAGCAUAUUAAAUUUUGCCUUCCAAAAUAGGAAUUAAGGAUAGUAAAGAAUGAACUGUAAGAAAGUAUAUCAGAAAUUUAAAAGGCAAAAUAGGAGAUUAAAGAAUCAAUAGAAGAAAUAUUAGAGAUAGAUAGAUUUAUCAGGAAAUAGAAAUUAAAAAGUAAAAGGAACGAAUAGUUAAACGAAAUAAUGAAUAACGAAUUAAGAAAUAGUUCUGAAUAAGAAGUUAUUUAAUAAAGCGAUGUAGAUCCCUAAGAGUUAAAUUAAUAACAAAUUGACUUCUAAGAAUACCAUUUAUAAUAACAGAUUAAAUAAGCCAGUAUCCCCAUCUAAGAAUUUGGAGAGGUACAGCAAACAAAUAAUCUUUGUUAAGAAGAAGAAGGGUUUUAAAAUUGAC